AUGAAAGAGUCCAGCUGCCACGACCCCAAGAUGGACGCAUACUGCAAAGCAGUCCGGCGCCUAGAGGAAAAAUUUGACGGCCUCGAGCUUAACCACGUGUUAAGGAAAUACAAUGAGGCCGCCGAUGCACUCGCCAAAAUGGCGUCCGAGCGGGCCACGAUCCCCUCGGAUGUCUUUGUCAGCGACCUCUAUAAGCCUUCCGUCGACUACAAAGACGAUGGGGGCUCAGAUCAACCCCCAGGCGACUCGGGCCCCGACCCCAAGACCACCACGGUUCAGGAGCAGGAGGCCAUGGACAUCGAGACCGAACCCCCUGCACCAGACGACUCGCCAGACUGGCGCUACCCCUUGCUGUAA